AUGGCGGGCCACCCCCUUUGGACGCCCCUCGCCGCCCGGCUGGCGAAGAGCACGGCCCUCCGCGUCUUCACGGUGCACUACCGCAAGGCCGUCGACGUGGCGACGGCGUACCUCGCGCCGCUGCUCGACACGCUCGCGGCAUGGGAGUACGCGACCACCACGCUGGGCUUCAGCGCCGGCGACAUCGUGCUCGUCGGCGACUCGGCCGGCGGGCAUCUGUCCCUCUCGCUGUCGAGCCCGCUCGGCGCGACGGGCCAGCCGGCCCAGCGCGGGCUGGCCCUCAGGUCCCCCUGGGCCGAUUUCACGGCCUCGUUCGACACGUACCAGACCAACGCGGGCACGGAUCUCAUCUACCCGCCCUCGCUUGCGCGCGCGGCCCGCUCCGUCGCCCGCCAUUACACGCCGGACGCGGUGCGCGGGCGGCUCUUUUCGCCCGCGCUGGCGGAGGAGGACGCGUGGCGCUGUCUCGCUAGCUCGCGUGUCUUCGUCACUGUCGGCACGCGCGAGUGCUUUGUCUGCGAGAUCGAGGCGCUUGUCAAGGCCUUGCUCCGCGACGGUGUCGCUGUCGAGCUUUACCAGGACGUCGGCGGUGUGCACGUUGGCGCUGUCCUCUCUUUCGAGGUCGACGGCUGGCGCCACUUUGAGCCUGGCGUGCACGAUAUUGUGCACGACUUGUAUGUCCGCAACGGCGAGGACGUGUACUUGCCGUAG